UGAAGUAGAUUGUGUCCGAAUCCGCCGCCUCUCUUCACCAAAUCCCAGUAAAGAUUGAUCAAUUCAUAACCAAUCAGUCCGAUAUGUAAUUUUUUGGUGUACAGAGUUGUGAAUUGGGAAUGCGAGAGCUGUCGUCGACGAUGUCGUCCGAUUACCCCGACCCUGAAGAAGUGCAACCGGACAAUAGAAGAAGGAAGAAGAUGAAAGAGGCGACUCCCUCGUGGUACGGGUUACCGGAUGAGGUGGCUGUGAGUUGCAUGGCUCGCGUCUCGAGAUUGGACCAAGCAGCUUUAUCUCUCGUCUCCAAGAGACACCGCACUCUCGUAGCUUCCCCUGAGCUCUGCCGCACUCGAUCACUCAUUGGUUGCACCGAGGCGUCUUUCUACGUCUGCUUGCGCAUCUUACCUGACCCAACCCCACGCUGGUUCGUCCUCGCCUGUAACCGUCGGCUGAGUCCGAUCUCCUCGCACCCCUGUUUGGCUCCUGAGUCAUCCUCUUUCGUGGUGGUGGAUUGGGGAAUCUAUGUAAUCGGUGGAAUCAUAAACGGAGAUCCAACUCCCGAAGUCUUGUUCCUCGACUGUUUCUCUAAGACAUGGCGCCGCGUCCCGUCCAUGAAGAUGGCUCGUGUUUCCCCAUCGGUAAGCCUAGUAGACGGUAAGGUUUACGUUUUUGGAGGGUGUCGAGGAGAGGAAGCUGAUGAUUCUUCAAACUGGGCGGAGGUAUUCGAUACAAAGACCCAAACUUGGAGUAGUUACUUCACUACUCCCAAGUUGGCGCAUAGUAUCAACCAAAUUGUGGUGAUAGAGGAGGAGAAGAAGGUUUACGCUGUUGACGACGAUGACCAAAGCUUUAACUUUUUGCCAAGUGAAGGCACAUUUUGGAGAAGCGGGAAGAGAGAUUCCAAGCUAGGAAACAGAGACGAUUGGUGUGUCAUAGGGAAAUUGUUAUACUGUCGUGGUACUCGCGGGAGGAUACUGUGGUGUCAUCCAGAUGAGUUGGAUUGGAAGGAUGUGAAAGGUUUGGAAGAGCUGCAAUUGUAUCUCUCUGGUUCCAGAUACAUCUUGAGGGACAUCCGCUGGCGUACCAUGGAACGGCCAAUAAAGACCAAAGUCAAAUAUGAUAUUAGCAAACUUUGUAGUAACUCUGCUGGGAACAUUGUCAUCUUCUGGAACGCGCAUCUUGCAGAUUCUGAGACUAUGGAGCUUUGGUCUGCAGAGAUUUCUUUGGAGAGGCGGGAGGAUGACGAUAUUUGGGGGAAGAUUGAGUGGUCCAAUGCUAUCUUCAAUCUUGAUCCUCUCUCAAACUCAUAUAACGUUAAGAUCUUAUUUUCUGCUUCUGUCCGUGUAUAAAACUUCUACCAAUCAUUUUUGUAACAGUA